AUGGCUCCUCUUGCGUUCAGGGACGAGGAUCUCCCAGAAAGGAUGCUCAGUCUCUCCUGCCUGGGAGGAGCUGUUGCUUUUCCUGGGGAUGCCGGUGAUGACAAGAUUGUGGGAGGCUGCAAUUGCCUCGAGCAUUCCGUUCCCUACCUGUCCUUGAAUGCCGGGUAUCACUUCUGUGGCGGUUCGUUCAUCAACAGCCAGUGGGUCCUCUCAGCUGCUCACUGCUAGAAAUCAUACGUAGGGAUUGGAGCGCAACAUUACGUGAAGGAAGACAGUGAACUAGUCAGGCGUGCCGCGUUAAUCAUUCACCAUCCUAGAUACGAUUCAAGAAGCCUUGAUACCGGCGUUGUGUUGAUCAAGCUGGCCACCACCAUGGACUGCAGUGCUGACAUUCAACCCACAGCUCUGCCCAGCUCCUGUGCCAAGGAGGGUCCCGAGUGCCUUUUUCAAGGAGGAAACACACUGAGCAGUGGCUCCAGUUUCCCUCAGGUUCUCCGGUGACUGAGAGCUCCAGUUCUGAGUAACCAAAAGUGCCAGGAGGCUCACCCAGGCCAGAUCACUAGCAACGCGAUGUGUGUAGGAUUCCUGGAUGGUGGGAAAGACUCCUGCCGG